AUGUAAGGUGUUUCUAUAUUUGAUGAUGAUAAAUCAGCUUUAGAUAAAAUGCAAAACUCUUUUAAGAAUCUACUUUUUGAAAUCAUCUACUAUUUAAUUUCUGGAGAGAACUUCCCGCUUUUUCUUUACAUCAUUUUUGUUUUGAUUGAGAGUUUUCAAGUAUUUUACUUUGCUUUUAGUGAUGAAGUAUAUAUAUUUAGAUGAAUAUGAUAGUUUUUAUCAUUAUGGAAGGUGAAAACAUGGUCAGAGUCAUUUUAAUCAUUUUUUGGUUUCUUUAUGAUUUCACCAUACCUGAAGAAUGUGGAAUUUCAAAACUUUAUAUUAGUGCUUUAUAUCAUAAUGGGUUUCUUCUUAUUGUUGAUAAUUUUAAUUAUUUUUAUUGCACUAAAAGCAUAAACUACAUCAGUGAGUAAGUUGAGUGGACCUUUAGUGGUUUUAAAAAUAUUUUUUGAAGUACUCAAUUACAUUUUCUUUAUGCCAGCAUUGCAUCUAUUUUUAACAAUAUUUUAUUGUGAUUCAUCAACAGGCUUUCAUAGAUAUUAUUCAGAUUAAGAAUGUUAUACCGGAAAUUACUUGCUCCAUGCAUUUUUAUCUGCUAUUGCAGCAUUCAUUUUAAUUUGUAUUAGUGGAUUAGUUACAAUGACAUUUUAUGAAUCAAGAUUUUAACCAAAUAAUCCACUUUGUAAGAUAUCUGGUAGAGAUGAUAUGAAGUUUUUAAUUUUUAAAAUAAUUUUAGUAUUAUGUUUUACCUUACUCAAUGUAAAUGAACUAAGAAUCCUAGUAGUUAUUAUAAUUACUUUAUUUGCUGUCAUAUAAUUCUUUUCUUUUAAUAAAUCAAGUGUCUAUUUAAAUUACUAUUAUUCAAAAGUAUUGAAUUCACAACAUGCCGUAAUUAUGUGGACAAUUUGUAUGAUAAUUUUUGGAAUUAUUGUUGAAGAAACUUAUUAUGAAGGUGCUCCUUAUUUAUGGGUUUUUGGUAGUCCACUAUUACUAUUGAUUGUAAUGUUAAGGAAAGAGUAUAGAUAUGAUAUAAUGAUGAUUGAUUCAAAUAAAUUUGAUUCACUUAAUUAAGCAAUAUAAUAAUUAUAGUAUUUAACUAAAUUUUUGAAUUAUUAUCAUACAGAUAGAAAUAUAGCUACCUUAUUGGAUGGUUUUGUUGAGUAUCAUAGAACAAUUUGUAAAAGAGAAGAUUGUCCUUGUUAAGCAAAGAAUAUGGGGAAUAAAAAAAUAGCAAAAUUUUAGAAAAAUUUUAAAUUAUAGAAUUAAGAUGAUGAAAUAAAAGAAUAGUAUGUAGUUUUAGUUUAUAUAAUUGAAAGAAUAUUUACUUUAUCAUUGACUAGAUUUCCUAAUUGUACAGAAUUAAGAAUAUCUCAUUCUUUAUUUUUAAUGGAGAAAAUGUAAUCAAAUUAAUAAGCAUUAUAAGAAUUAGUAGCAGCAGAAUAAGAAAAGCCAUAUGUUGAUGAAUAAUUUAUAAUUUACAGAUUGAAAAAGUUAAUAGAAGAGUAGAUGUUUGAAAAUUCAAAAUCUUCAAGAAAUCCAGCUGCAGGAAUAGAUGCAGUGAAUGAAUUAACAACGGAGAAUAAUUUGAGGGAAAUAAGAGCAUAGAUAGAAAAGUCAGCUUCAUAACAUAUAGAAUUUUGGUCUUAAUUAAGUGAAGAUACUCCAGAUUUAGGAAAGUUAUAUGAUGUUGGAACAAGAAUGAUGUAUAUAGAUAAGAUGUUAGAGGAAUCAUGGAAACGAAUAAUAAAAAUGAAUUUAGAUGUUCCACCAAAUUUGAUGAUGAUUUAUUCUAGAUAUUUAGUAGAUAUUCUUUAAGAUAAAGAAUCAGCUGAAGAAGUAUUGGAAAGAUUAAAGAAUUUUUAUUCUGUAAAUAUGGAUAGAGGUAAAAUUACAAAUAAUAUCAAUGAUUUUCCUAAUGAAUCUACUGCUUUAAUGAGUAUUUCAGCAGAAGAUGUUACUUUUGGAAGAAUCAUUGGAUUGAAUAUGUCAGCAUCUAAAAUGUUUGGAUAUUCAAAGAGUGAAUUGAUUAAUAGAAAAGUUAAUAUUUUAAUGCCAAAUGUAUUUGCUCAAUCACAUGAUUAAUUUAUGGAAACAUAUUUAUAAACUUAUGAAAGUAGAAUUAUGAAUAGAGAAAGAAUGAUUAUUGGAAAAUCUAAGAAUGGAUAUAUCUUUCCAUUUUUUAUAUAUGUAAGAUAUGUUCCAUCAUUUAUUCAUGGAGCUUAGUUCUUCGGAGCUAUGAGAUAAGAAAAGGUUUUUAAAAAUGUUGCUUUUAUGAUUGUAAAUGGAUCAACUUAAGAGAUUGAGAAUAUUUCUGCUACUUUUAUUACUAUGUUUCAUAUAGAUUUAAAUUAUAUAACAAAAAAGAAAACUAAAGUCACAGAUUUAAUACCCAAUUUCUAAGAAAAUAUCACUGAAUAUUUAAAUAAAUCAGGAGCAGAAGCUGAUAUCAAUUUUAAAAAUAGAGAUUAAUCCGUUUAAGGUAAGUUUAAUAUAACUGCUGGAGAGAUUAUGUUUAGAGAUUCUAAAUUAUAAGGUUAUAUAGUAAAGAUUGAAAAUAAUAAAUCAGAUAAAUCCUUUCUUAAUCCUAAUGAAUAAUCAUAAUAAAAGAAAUAAUAAUCAUUAACUAAAUUCUAUUUUUAAUUUGAUUAAACUUAACAUAUAUAUAUUGGAGAAUAUUCAGGAGAUUAGAAUUUCUAAAUGUCUGCAAUAUCAAGUGUCAAAUAAGAUGAGACUUUUGAUUAUUCAUAGAGAGAACCCUUAAAAGAGGAUGAAAAGACACCAUCUUCAAAUGUAGGAGAAAAGGAUGAUAAAGUAGAUUUAGCUUUGGGUAUUAGAACAAUGAAAUAUAUUAAUGGGUAAUUAUUCGAUAUUGAUGAAUUUAAAAAUUAGGAUUCAGAUGAGGAAGAAGAUAAUGAUCCUAAAAAGGGUGGAGGAAAUGCAGGAAUGUAAUAGAUUUAAAAAGAAGAUGAUGAAGAAGAAGCAGAAGGAGGUCAUGCUAAUAUUUAUAAAUCUAGAAGAACAUUUGUGUAGUUCUUGUAAGAAAGUAGAAGUGUUAAUCAAAAUAGUAUGAUUUGUUUUAAAUGGAGUGCUGCUAUUCUAAUUAUAUGUUUAGGAAUAUUAGGACUUCUGGAUUAUGUGUUGACAUAAUCCUUAUUUUCAGAUAUUUAAUAAGGUUAUAUCAUGAUGUAGGAUUCUAACAUAAGAAUUGCAUUAGGUUAAAGAAUUCAAUGGCAAAUUAUGGAAUUGUGUAGAUUAAAUAAAAUUAAUGUUUUAGAAACAGAUGAAAAGGUUAAAACCUUAUUGACAAAUAUGAAUACUACUAUAAGUGAUUUAAAGGAAAUACAAUCUAAAAUUUAAUCAUCUACAGAUGUUUCAGGCAGAUAAGAGGAAUUGAUGACCACUAAUACUAUUAAAAUGAUUAGUAAAGAUAGUAGUGGAUCUGAAAGCAAUCAAUUAGUUGAUAUUAAUCAAGGAACUUCUUAAAUCAUAUCUAAAGCUUUUGAAAUUAUGAACUUUAAUAUCAAAGAAUUUAACCCUGAUUCUGAUUCGAUCUUUUUCAUUAGAUAUAAUUUGUUAAAUGAUUAUUAUCAAGCAACUUUGGAAAGCGCAGAUCUUUAUACCAAUCAAUUAAUUAAUUUAGCUUAUGAUUCUGAUGUGUUGCUUAUACUACUUAUUGUCGCUUGUGUAUUCACAGUGAUAUCUAUACCAUGGAUUGCUUGUGCUUUUAAUCUAGUCUCGUAGAACUAAGAAGAAGUUAUUAAACUAUUCUUGGAGAUUCCCUUAGCUAAAGUAAAAUAGUUAUUUGCAAAAUGUGAAGCAUUUUCAAAUACUCUUUAAAUAGGAGAAGACGAGGAUGGAAAUUAAGAGAAUGAUUUAUCAUUUGAAGAAAAUGAAGAAGGUGAAGGAGCGGUUGAAGAAUUUGGAAGAAGAAAAAAAAGAAAGAAGUAUAAAUAUGAUUCCAAAGACAAACGUAAUUUCUAUAUAAAGUUCAUAAUUUCAAUGGGAUUGCUAAUAGCUUACUUUAUUGCUCAUUAUCUUAUUGGUGCUAAUUUAUAAGGUUCCAUGUAAUAACUCAUAUAGGAGAUGAAUGCUACUUCACUUGCAGUUCCUUCAAUAACCUUUGCUAAUAAUGUUUUUAGAUAAAUGUUAUGGGAUCCAACCUUUCCUGUUAAAAAUAAUGUUUCAAAAACUAUUAGUGCAGAUUUUGUGAAAGAUUUAUACAAUUUGAACACUAAUAUGCAAAAAGAUCAUUCAUUAAAUUUAGGAUUUCACAAUUAUAUUUACAAUGACUAUUUUGAUUCAAUUAUGAAAGCAGGAGCAUGUGCUUAAGUUAUUUAAGUUGCUUCUGUAGAUUUAGCUACAUGUUAAGCAUUUGUAAAAGGAAUCGUUGAUGAAUCAUUAGCUUUAGCUCUUUCUAGACAUUUUGAAAAUCUUAGAUAUUUAUUAACUGUCUAUGAUUCGCUCCUUAAUGAUUCUUCCUCUACCACAAUUGCAGGAACUCUUUACAAUUUCACAGAGAAUCUAUAAACUAACAAAAUUUUAUCACUCAUGUAUACAGAUAUAGCUGCUAUUGAAAUUAGUAAAUUAUUUAUGAUUAAAUAGAUUAAAUGUAGGAUAUUUACAUAAGAUCAAUCUUUUCAUAAUUGCUUACUACUUUUAAUUAAAGUCUGCAAAAAGAUGUUGAUACCAAUAUAACUACAACUGUUACUAUUUUUAUUGUUUUCUUAGUUGUCUUGGUUCUUGUUUAUUUGCUAUUCUGGUGGCCUAUUGCUAACAAAAUUAAUAAUGAAGUAAAUUUUAUAUAUAUUCAUCUCAUUUUUUAGAUCAGAAGGACAACUUUACUAUUAUCAAUGAUACCUUUAAAUCUUAUCCAACGUAUCAAAGCCAUCAGAGAAUAUUUAAAUAGGAUACAUAAGGUCGAUUAAUGA